CUUCAUUAUCAUCACAAUGAAGCGUCUUCUUCUGCAGCUGCUUGCCCUCUGGAGCUUUUCUCUAUCAAGAUGUAAUACAACGUUUGUACCGUAUGAUUAUUCUGCAACCGUAGAGUGUCUAGAUAAACCUUUAAAACCACAGUACAAUGGAGGAAUCAUCGUGAACCCUGACCUACGAGAUGGUCCACAAGCUUGGUUACCAUUUGGAAACGCAAAAAUCGAAUUUAAAGAUAUUGGACACGAUAAAUUUGUUGUUGCACGAGAGAGGAAACAGCCUCAUGACAGCGUCUCACAGAAGGUUCAUCUGGAAAAGGGACGUCUCUACACUUUUUCUGCUUGGCUACAAGUAAACAACGGAAAGGCUCCAGUGAGUGCCGUUUUCAAGACGAACGGUGAAUAUAAGCAUGCAGGUUCGGUCAUUGCUGAAUCCAAAUGUUGGUCCAUGCUCAAAGGUGGUCUCACUGUUGAUGAAUCUGGCCCUGGCGAACUCUACUUCGAGAGCAACGACACAAGGGUUGAGAUUUGGGUAGAUAGCGUCUCACUGCAACCAUUCACACAAGAGGAGUGGAACUCUCACCAAGAUCAUAGCAUUCAUAAGGAGAGAAAGAGAACCGUGAGAAUCAGAGUCGUAAACAGCAAAGGCGAGCCAGUGCAGAAGGCAAGCCUUUCCAUAGAACAGAGGAAACUCGGCUUCCCAUUCGGCUGCGAGGUAGAGAAGAACAUACUUGAGAGCCACGCAUACCAAAACUGGUUCACUAAAAGGUUCACGGUGACAACUUUCGCCAAUGAAAUGAAAUGGUACAGCACCGAAGUAGUCAGAGGCAAAGAGGACUACUCGAUCGCUGAUAAGAUGUUGAGAUUUUUCAAGAAGCACGGGGUCGCUGUACGUGGUCACAAUAUUGUAUGGAACGACCCUAAGUAUCAAACUAAAUGGCUAAACGCCCUCUCUAGUCGUGAAUUCUACAAUGCCGUGAAACGAAGGGUUUCAUCUGUGGCUUCACGAUACAAAGGCCAGCUUGAGGGUUGGGACGUUGUGAAUGAGAAUCUUCAUUUCUCGUACUUUGAGAAAAAGAUGAGUCCUAAGGCUUCUUAUAACAUCUUUAAGAUGGCUCAAGCAUUUGAUCCAACGUCAACUAAGUUUAUAAAUGAGUACAAUACGUUAGAGGAACCGAGGGAUUCAGAUUCUAGUCCAGCAAAGUAUUUGAAGAAGCUUAGGGAGCUUAAAUCUAUCGUGGUUCGUGGAAAUAUAUCGUUAGGGAUUGGUCUUGAGUCUCAUUUUAAGACUCCUAACAUUCCCUUUAUGAGAUCAGCUCUUGACAUUCUUGGUGCCACUGGUUUGCCUAUAUGGCUCACUGAGGUCGACGUAGAAGCUCCUAAGAAUGUUCAGGCCAAGUAUUUCGAACAGGUCCUAAGGGAAGGCCACGCACAUCCUCGUGUUAAAGGAAUAGUGACAUGGGCAGGUUAUUCACCAACAGGUUGUUACCGAAUGUGCCUCACUGAUGGAAACUUCAAGAACCUACCCACCGGUGAUGUGGUCGACAAACUUCUGCAUGAAUGGGGAGGCUUCCGCCGACAAACCAAAGGUUUCACUGAUGCUGAUGGAUUCUUUGAAGCCUCAUUCUUCAAUGGUGACUAUGAUCUCAAGAUUGAUCAUCCUCUCACCAAUUUUAAAGCUUCCCACAGCUUUAAGUUGGUUUCUGAUGUCUCCUCAAACACUCAACCAUCAUCUUUUGCCUUUCGUCUUUAAGUAGCCAAGUAUAUAAGAAUUUUAUAUUUCAGUAGCUUGAUUCUAAGUAAGAAUAGUGGCAGAUGUAUAGUAUGUUUUGUUAUUAGUCUAGACAUGGUAUAUAUAUAUCCGUGUCUGCCGAAACCCACAAGUGCUAAUCAUGAGCA